GAGAGGGAGAGAGAGAGAGGGGGAAGGGAGGGAGAGCGAGAGAGAGGGAGAGACACAGCAAACAAACGUGGGUUCGUCGGCCCGAGCGUGGUUGAUUCACGAAGAGAUCUGAAGGUGUAGGCACACACAAACAUCUUCGUUAAAGUAGCUCAAGGAACGAGCUUUGCAAUAUUCGCUUUGCACCACACAUCUUGAAACCUUGACACAAUCCCGACGAAUUCGCGUCGUUGAGGAUGCCGAAGUGCGAAGCGGCGAACAAAUGAGCAGAAAGUCACGGUGAAGUGACUUUGAUUGGUCAUCGGGCCGGGCGUAUCUUCGCGUUGCUAGAAGUGUCAAGGAGUAAAAAGUUGAAUCUGCAAGGCUCAGGGUUGUGAUCAGAAAAUGUCGCGUACGAAAGCUUAACCGCAACUCGUUCUUUCCGAAGCCGAAGACACCGCGCUGAAGCGUGUCUCGUUGUAUCACCCCAGCUGCCAUCGUGCACGUGGUGGAUAGAGGGAGAGAGAGAGAGAGAGAGAGAGAGAGAGAGAGAGAGAGAGAGAGAGAGAGAGAGAGAAAGGGUGUGUUUGGGGAGACGCUAUUAGCGCUAUCAAUGUAAACACUAUCGAAUGUGUUUGUGGAGGCAAUAAGGUGAUAACGAACCCCACGAAGAACAAUAGCAUAGAGCGUUAACAUUAUUGCGUUACAUUGUUAUAUUAUUUAACAAUCAAGUCCAGAACUUACCGAUUUGUGCUCUGAAAGCUAGUUGAUGCGAGUUGCGAUUUAAAUUCUUCUUCAGUUUCAGCAUCUCGAAGCUCCGCUUCCAUGGAACUGUCCGUUAUAGUAAAAUAAUGAACAUGAUGUAAGUACCAUUAAAAUGCAGUGACAUACAGUGAUGUGCAAUUCGCAGCAUUUCAGGCAUUCACGGAGUUUACAGACGUUAACGCUACCAAUGCACUAUCUCGGAAAGAAUAGCGUUGAUAGAGCAUGUUUAUUGUGUUCGACGCUACCAUUGGUGACAUCAUGAAAGAAUUUGUCAGCGCUAUCAUUUAGCUCCGCGGACAGCUUGUAGUGCUAAAUAGCGUUAAUAAUAUCUCCCUAAACACAUAUAGAUAAAUAGAUAAAUAGAUAGAGAGAGAGAGAGAGAGAGAGAGAGAGAGAAUUUGAAGAGAAGAACUUGGAAAAAAGGAUCGCGUAAUUCCAGCGAUGCAGCAGGAGCACGAUGACGAGCGGUGCAACUAAACUCGACCCGAACUGGAUGAGAAUGGUCGAGUUGCGUGCCAGCGCGAUGACAAGCGCCGGGAUGAGUAGCCUGGCCACGGCCAAAUCUUCGAAUCGCCUGCACUACGCAAUCCUUACGAUCCUCGACACAGUGUUCUCAGCGCUGGUGGCCGCGCCGGCGGUGGUCGGUUAUUGGCGCGGCACUUGGGGUCUCAGCGAUCUGUAUGUCUAUCCGGACGAACCGAUCUUCAGCAGCUUCGCGUCGAUCGCGAUCGGCUUCGCCGGCCUGUUUGCCUUCAGCGUACUGCAACAUGGCCUGGACGACGCGUUGCAUCCGGACAAGCACCGGCUGUCCUAUUACCUCGGCUCCCGCCUCUACACCGGCGUGUUCGGCUUCUGCUGUGUGAACGCAUGGCGCGGUGCCUGGAAGGGCCUAGACAUUUACACGGAUCAUACCGCUAGCACCGUCUUCGCCACGACUGCCGUUAGCUUGUUGGCUCUCGGCAUCAUGCGCGCGAUCCGCAAUAUUUCCGCGCCGCCGUUCGCACUCUGUCUUGACUCAUGCCCGGGUUACUUCGAAGUGCAGACUAUGUUCCGCGUGAACAAUACGAGGGACUGGUCAUUGUACUUAUUGGAUUGUGCCUUUAGCGUAGGCGUCGUGGGCACAUUGGUUGUUUUCGUCUGGAGAGGCGUCUGGAUUUUAUUUGACAUUUACUUGUUUCCAGAAAAUGAGGAGUACUCCGCCGUUGGCUCACUCGCCAUCGGAUACUCGAUAGUCGCCGUGACGUUUUGCCUGCAGCCGCUGAUGCGAUAUGUUUGCGCACGUCUUCAGGGUUUGGUUCGCUUGGUGGUCGCGGACAUUUUUCUCCUGCUGAGCUUCCUGGGCACUGUGAACGUCUGGCGCGGUAUAUGGGUCGCGCUGGAUCUGUGGUUAUUGCCGGACAAUCCAGAAUUGUCUUGCUGGAUCACUCACAUCGGUUGUUUCGUUUUUCUCGUUCUCCUCAAUUGUAGUAACUCUAUCUUAGUGCGUGGCGUUUACAUCGACGCCGAAGAAGAAGAAGGCAAAUGUGUUGUAUUUCCAUGUCACUAUCUUCGAUUGUUUUUUAAGAUCGAACAUGAGAAGAAAGAAACGAGACGACAGAAGCUGCUGGUGGCCUCGCAGGAUUUCAACGAUGGCAUCAACAUGAACGGAAAGGACAGCGAGGACAGCAUCUUGCCGUUGGAAAAUACCACGAUUAUACCGAUGAAUACAGACUCUGUUGCAUAAACACGAAAGAAAUUGAUCUGAUCCGUUAUGGAUGUGAUCCAGUUAGGUAGGGACGACAGUUUGCCGUGCACGAGCUCAGUACGAAGGUGUAUGAUUGAAACAGAAUAUCAAGUGAAUAUCGGCAGAAUCCUUGCGCUGUGGCACAGUGCUUCCUCUUUUACAUCGUGCCGUGAUUAGUUUUGCGCGUCGAUUCUGUCUAACGUUCUCUCUCGCAAGAAGAGUCCCAUUCGAAUUUCCUGGCUGGUCAUCAGUAUAUAAAAUGAUUGCGAAAAAGAAGCGAUAUCAUUCGCUUGUUUGCGACAUACAGCAAGCAUGUGUUUAGGAAAUUUAUCUACUUCUUGAGAGUGACUCCUUGCCAAUGAAAGAAGGCAGAAAAGGAGAAAAAUGACAUCGUUAUCAAGUUGUUACUGAAGGAAAAUUAUCUGUAACGGCGUUAUGUGAGCAUCUUUGAGAAAGAGUUAAGCGUAUGGCAGAGAAUGGCUGUGAAUGAACGUACAAAAUGAACAUACGUUUGCGCUGAGGCAAUACCUGCUUCAUACGAUUAUAAACGGAAUGUCAUAAGUUGCAAGACGACGACGGCAGCAAUGUGUAUACGAUGCACGAGUGAUCGUCGUUGAAGCGACACGAUGCGACGCGACACGCAGGAAAAGGAGCUCGAAAGUAUUUUAAGAAUUGAUGCUGCCAUUGUGCGUUUUACCUAUCAAGAUCACUCGUGUAGUUGUAAACACAUACGAAUGUGAUUGUGAAAAUAGGAAAGAAGAAAGAGAAAAGAGGAGAGAGAGAGAGAGAGAGAGAGAAAUUAUUUAUAUAUUUAUUUAAACGAAAGUAAAAGAUACAUACAAGUAUGUGCACCAAGAUUGACUCAUAAAGAUACUUAUUGAAUAAAUCAAAUAUAAAUUGUCUGUAUGCACGUGCGCGCGCGCGCGCGUGUGUGUAUAUUCGGUAGGGUGGCGAAUAAAACUACAAGACAAAGCGCUCGCGUCUCUUCUGUUUCGGGACUUCUGUUUUCGAUUCGAGUUUAGUGUCUCCACGUCGACAAAAUUCGCUACUAUCCGGAUGAAGUCUGACGCAAGCGAUCGCAAGAAUUUAUUCAUUGUUUCCGAAUCAAUCCAAUAAGUAAAAUGUUAGCGGUAUGCCAGCAGAUUGCCAAUAGAUUCAAUCUGAAUAUCGUAACAGAUCUGUAAUAUCCACUAAGUUCAUGUUCUCUCGACGGAGUUUGCUGACACAAUUCGACAGCAAAUCGGCGGCAAAAGCCGAAAAGAAUCUGCGGUACAUUCCAUUUAAAUCCACCGAAAUGACUACGAAACGACAGAUUCUGUUCGGUAUUUAUGAUCAAUUUGUCAUCUGUAUUCUGUUAGCGGAUCCCGUGCGUUUCUGUUAGCGAAUUGUCGACUAAAUUUACA